AUGUCGGAGGCUUCCCCGAGUCCCGAUGCGUUUGAAGGCAUCCAGCUCGUUAUCUUUGACCAGUACAAGACUUUAACCGAAGGCAACUCCGACCCAGAGCGCGAGAUCAUCAGAGAGUUCAAGCUUGAGCAAGAAUACAGUCAAGUCGAGGCGGUUGUCUGUGGCACGAAGUGGGAUGAAGUUGGUGGUGAGGCGUCCUACCUGGACGCUCUGGUAGCUGGUUUGGGGCUUCCAGAUUCCAUGGAGACGCGGGACACGCUGAAAUCCAUCCUGCAGCGAGAUCAGGCCCAAGAGUCGGUGGUGCCAGAAGCAGCAGGGGUUCUGCAAGAACUUAAGGGACGCGGCUACCAGCUGGCUAUCCUCUCAAAUGCUGCAACGCCACAAUACACGCAUGUGCUGCAGCAUGAGAGCUUACGAGAGAUUCUGGACCCCGCGCUGUGCUUCUUUUCGUUUCAGCUGGGACUUGUGAAGCCAGAUCCGCGGGUCUUUGACCGAAUUUGCGAAGCGGCGCGCGUUCCCAAAUCUGCCUCCCUGAUGGUCGGCGACAGUGUCAGGAGCGACUUCAAUGGCUCGCAAGCAGCUGGCGUGGCAAAGCAAGUGCUGCUGGACCCCAGAGGUGAGCACGCCGACGUUCACCCAAGAAUCGUCGGGCUGUCAAAGUUGCUCGACUUGCUGCCUCCCAUGCAAAAGACAGAAAGGAACUCGACAUUUCGCUUAUGA